AUGGCAACUCAAAUCUUGAACAACGAUUCCAAACCCUGCCUUUCCGUUUUCCGUGGAAGAAAGGUUGCUCGCAGAUCCAAGGCGCCUAAAGGGAUCACAAUCAAGAAACCAAACAUCUCUUGUUCGGACAACAAUGGUAAGAGGAAACCGGAGUCACAAACUACAACAAACGACGUCGGUUUCAAGAAACGAAGGGUGGAUGUGUUUCCUGAGUGUGUGAGCGUCGACGAGUACAAGAGCUUGGGGAAAAUCAGCUCAGGAUCCUACGGCGUAGUCUACAAAGUCGAACACAAGAAAACCGGAGAGAUCAUGGCGAUGAAGGAGGAGUUCGAUGGCCUGUCUCCCUCGACAACGGCAGAAAUCGACAUCCUUAAGUCCCUCGGUGGCCACCCCUCCAUUGUGCAAUUCAAGGAGGUCGCGGUGGAUGAGUACGACGGCGUUUAUGUGGUGAUGGAGUACAUGGACACUGAUCUAAGAAGAUACAUGUCUCUCAACGGAGAUCAUGGCCUUGCAAUGAGCCAAGUGAAGGCGCUUAUGAAGCAGUUGAUCCAAGGUGUCGACUUUCUUCAUCGGAACAAGGUCGUGCAUAGGGAUCUCAAGCCCGCAAAUGUGCUCCUGAGCAAAGGGGGGCGGUUGAAAAUAUGUGAUUUUGGGCUAUCGGUUAGGGUUGAGGAUGAGGAGGAGGAGUGCAAGGUGGGGACGUUGUGGUACAGGGCGCCCGAGUUGCUUCUUGGGGAGAGGAGGGGUUCGUGUGCUGUCGAUAUGUGGGCCGUGGGGUGCAUAUUCGCGGAGAUGGUGAUAAACGAGGUGUUGUUUCGAGGGGAGUCGGAGGAGGAUCAGUUGCACGAGAUGUAUUGCAUUCUUGGCCAUCCUAGUGCUAAGAAUGUUGAGAUUUCUAUUUGUUGUGCAAAUUUGAUGCUUUCAAGAGAUGGAUUUGAUCUGCUUAAAGGGUUGUUGUGUUAUGAUCCAGUGAAGAGGAUGACUGCAGAAAUGGCUCUCAAUCAUGCAUGGUUUGAAGAUGAAAUUACUUCAUGA